CAUACAUACAUCAAAGACCACACACUCCACGUACAGUACGUAUAUAUCUUCACACGAAAGGAUAGGGUACAGCCCCAUAUCUCUCUACUUGAAGUGUUUACAAAUAUACAAGUAUACAAGUAUACAACAGAGUCGGUAGUUACUGUCGUAUUGUCAAACGGCUAGUUGUUUGGGGUCAGUAUGCGGACACGUCGAACGCGGGCGGCCGCAGCUGCCGAGCAGGUAGCGGUUGUCAAGGAACCAACGCCCGAACCUGAACCUGAAGUAGAAGUGGAAACUGAAGCAGUAGAGGAAACUAAAGUAGUAGAAGAAGUUAAAGCUCAGGCGAAGGAUCCUACUGACGCGAAAGGUGCAGCAGAUGCUGACGCAGCUGACACGAAAGAGAAAGAUACGGUUGUUGCGAGUGUCGAAGAGGAACAGGUGGACGAAGAUGAGGUAGUGGGCGAACUCACAGAUGAUGGCGAAGAUGCGAAUGAUUUGCAUGAGGCUGGCAAGGUGAAAGACACUGAAGCCGUAGCUGAACCAGCUAUUGACACGGUACAAGAGGAUGCUGGUAUCGUAGCGGGUGAUGAUGAUAAGAAUACAAAUCUUACUGAGAGAAGCAGCUUAAUGGAUACAUAUGCUGAAGGUGCUAAGUCGGCUGAUGCGAACGCAGAGCCACAAGAAGACACGACAGCAAUAGAAGUGGAAGGGGUUGCAAUGAAUGAACGCGAGGGUGAGAUGAAGGUGGAUGAGGAUGUAGCGAAAGCAGGGGAGACUGAGGAGAUGAAGGUAGAUGGAGAUGCAACGAACACAGGAGAGACGAAGGAGAUGGAUGCGGGUGGGGUUACAACGAAUGCAGGCGAGACUAAGGAGAUGGAGGUGGAUGUGAAGCAAGAUACGGUGGUCGUCGAGACAACAACAACGACAACAGAUGUGGUUAGUAACGAUUCUAGCGGUGCUGAAGCAGUAGAAAAGAAGGUGGUGGUGGAAACGGUGACCGAAACAGUGGUAGCUGAUGGGGAGGUCAAGGUCGAUGCGACUGAAAAAACAGUAAAUGACGAAGCUGUAACCGAUGUUGCGGAAGUUAAGGUCGAAGCUGUGACUGAUGGUGGUACAGAUACAGUUGGCAGUAUAGGCGUUGUAUCUGGAGGCGUUAAACGAGAAGAGCCUACCGCAGCACCAACCGAGCGAGAAGAACGCAGAAAGCGAAAGAAACGAAGUCGUUGGGGCGGUGAAGAGGAAAAGACAGUUACGGCAGGUGUGAGUCUGAACAUACCCUCUGGCAUGACUGCUGCACAACAAGAGACGUAUAUCCUUCACCUGAAUAUCGAGGAAGUCAACAAGAGAUUGCGGUCUGAGGAUCUGGGGAUUCCUAGUGAUGUGAGCAAGAGAUCUCCAUCGCCCGAACCUAUUUAUGAUCAGUAUGGAAAGCGAUUAAAUACACGCGAGCAACGGACUAAAACGAAGCUAGAGGAAGAUAGACAUAAUUUGAUUCAGAAGAUUCUAGAGGUGAAUCCUGAGUAUCGGCCGCCUGCAGACUACAAACCAGUGCCGAAGCGCUACCAAGAUCGAGUUGAUAUUCCGCAAGAAGAAAACCCGCAUGUUAAUUUCAUAGGGCUUCUGAUCGGUCCACGUGGAAAUACUUUGAAGAAGAUGGAGAGAGAUUCUGGAGCAAAGAUUAUGAUCCGUGGUAAAGGUUCUGUUAAAGAGGGCAAAGGUCGAAGAGACGGCGCUCCCAUACCCGGGGAAAACGAACAACUGCACGCUAUGAUCACUGGACCCGACGCUAUCGUCGUGAAGAAAGGCACAGACCUGGUGCAGAACAUCAUCAAAGUGGGUAUUGAGACACCCGACUCGGCCAAUGAGUUGAAGUCGCUACAAUUGCGUGAACUGGCUGCUCUCAAUGGUACAUUACGAGAAGACUUGGCCCAGAACUGCUCGAACUGCGGGGCUACAGACCACAGGCACUGGCAGUGCACAGAGCGCCGAAACGCAGUGCAAACCAUUGUUUGCAGUGUGUGUGGUGGGCAUGGACACAUCGGUAAGGAUUGUGCACAAAGGGAGAUUGGAGGGGUGCCCCAGAAACAAAGUGGUGAGAAUAUCGACAACGAGUACUUAUCGUUUAUGGCUGAACUCGAGGGGGGUGGCGGUAAGGCACCCGCGCCGGCUGUGGAGCCCGGAUCCAGGCCUGCACUCAUGGAUGGACCUUCUCAGCAAGGAACCUCGGAUGCUGGCAGAGAUCACCAGAGCCACAACCAGAACAACAACUACAGUAACAAUCAUGGACCAUCAUCGAAUGAUGGUGCUGCUCGGGGCUCAAGACCCGGACCGUUGCUAAGUGCCCCUGGCGGAGCGCGUCCGGUUGGACAGGGUGGGCUUGUUGGCCAGCCUCCCGGCCGUCGAGUUCCGCCCAGCGGCGGUUUACUGGAUGGGCCACCACCUCAGCGCAACUCUGGCGCACAGCCCGGAGGUAGGAAUCCGUGGGAUCGUGAAGCACCGCAUGACAGAGCGCGUGCCCCAUGGGAGAACAAUGGACCGCCGCGCGACCGCCAAAAUGGACCCCCGCCACCACAAGGUGGUAAUAGCAGGGCGCCGUGGGAAAGUUCGGGACCAAAUCGACCGGGCGCGAAUGAUAGGUACAACAGCAGGAGUAACGGUAGUAGCGACAAUCACAGUAGACAACCCUGGGAUAGGCCCGCACCCUCACAGGCACCGCUCUUGUCGGGGAAUAAACCCCCAUGGGAUACUAAUGCCUCUGUGGCUCCACCGGGGGGAAGACAACCGUGGGAUGCCAAGCCCAAUGACAGCUAUAACAGCCACACCAACACCACCAACAAUAGUAAUAUUAAUAGUAAUCACAACAAUUACAAUAAUGGAAUGAACAGCGGACCUCCCCCACCCCCCCCACACUCGUCCGCGCCCCCACCUCCACAGCAGCCACCACCACCACCACCACCAUCAAACAACCAACCCCCACCUCCACCCUCUGAUGGUAUCAGACCUCCCUGGGAAGCACCAUCACAACAACCUCCACCCCCGCCCGCCCAGAAUAUGAACCAGAACCAGAACCGAGGUGGUGCACCACAACAGGGUGCUACAGGGCAAAGACUACCAUGGGAGCAGCCCCAAAUGCCGCCGGGUGGCCCACCUGCGAGCGCAUAUGGUGGUGGACAUGUGCCUGGUCAGUACAACCAAAGCCAGAGUCAGUAUGCCGGUCAACAUCAGCCGCCACCACCCCCUCCACCAAGUGCGGGUCAAAAUGCGGCAUGGAAUAGAGGACCUCCCGGGCAACAGCCCUGGGCACAGAACAGUCAAGUCCCUCAACAGGGCAACCUGGGUUACGGUGCCAUGUCACAACAGCCACCACUCCCCUGGCAACAGCAGCAGCAACCACCACCACCACCUCCUCCACCACAGAGUUAUGGCCAGCCGCCGCCGCCACCUCCUCCAUCGAGUUAUUGAGGGGCGAUGGGUGAUGUAAGAAGCAAAUAACGUAGCAGAUUAUGCUCUUAAACCGAGUCUAUAAGCCGCAAGUGCGAAGACCUCUCCGAACUCGGUAGUAUAAAAAUAUAAAUCAUUUGAGUAAAUUUAUCCCGAGUAUGUAUAACCUCUCGUGGGCUUGAGGUUCUUUUGAGGCGAUACUGAUUUAUUAAAAUGUAUAAGCAUUCUGUUGUUGGAAGGGAAUAAUUAAUAAAGCAAUAAAUCGUAAAUCUGCGAUAAUUCCGAGCAAUGUUCUACCGUAUGGGCCCGUAGCAUUUGGCGGCUGGACGAUUCUCAUCCGGAAGCAAGCUAACAAGAGAAAACGUCUGCUUUAAAUCAGAUCACUACCUCCUAUUGAUUAUGUAUAUGCUGAAAAAGUCGAGCCAUAUACUAUCUAUUGGGGGACGAGAAGUGAUCACACUAAAUGUCUGAUAUAUCUUCAAUUGAAAAUGGGGUGCACCUUUUGUUCUAAAUCUUGACCUGUAGCAUUAGUAUUCUCAUCAUCCCAGGUACACCCGCAAUUUUCAUUGUUAUGGGAUUCCUGGAAUUGUCAGCACU